AUGGGAUCUCUUUCCCAUGAGAGAAAAUAUGAUACCUUUGCUCCUCCCUCAUCUCCUUGUGCGUUGAAGUACAUCGAGCAUCAUGUAUCCAAGUUGGACACACUUGCAGGCGUCGCCAUAAAGUACGGUGUUGAGAAAUCUAUUGCUUCACCUGGGCAUGGAAUUCUUGCUGUCGAUGAAUCAAAUGCUACAUGUGGAAAGAGGCUUGCUUCAAUUGGUCUGGAGAAUACAGAACAAAACCGCCAAGCUUAUAGACAGCUUUUGUUGACCACCUCGGGUCUAGGUGCAUAUAUAUCUGGGGCUAUUCUUUAUGAGGAAACACUAUACCAAUCGACCAUAGAUGGAAAGAAGUUCGUGGACUGCUUACACCAUGAGAAAAUCAUGCCCAGUAUUAAGGUUGAUAAGGGUUUGGUCCCAUUACCUGGAUCAAACAAUGAAUCUUGGUGCCAAGGAUUGGAUGGAUUGGCCUCAAGAUGUGCUGAGUAUUACAAACAAGGCGCACGUUUUGCUAAAUGGAGAACAGCUGUUAGCAUUCCUUCUGGACCUUCUACUCUGGUUGUUAAGGAGGCUGCAUGGGGACUUGCUCAUUAUGCUGCUAUUGCCCAGCCUCACAUGCCAGAAACAACUAAUUGA